UUCUCACACAAGAGGAGCGAGGCCGUUCUCCUCUCUUGUGUUUGGCAUAGAGGAUGGGUCUUGUUGCCGGGUAAACCGCAAACGGAUAACCUCUGCCGAGGUUGGUUGAUGGAUCAUGGCAUGAUCAAGGCUAUGCUACCCCUCAGCGUUCUUGGGCUGGUGUGGUCCCUCCUCUACCUAUACUCUGGGAACCUGUUGGUGACCGUCCUCAUCCACGCCAUGUGGAACAGCAGAGUUUUUCUAGGGUCCUUGCUGGGCUUGUAGUAUCCGGCGAGCAGCUCGGAGUUGGCGCGAUUAAUUGCUCCUUUUUCGCACGGGGAGGGGUAGGCGCUGCUCACUCGCCGCAUGCGUUGCGUCCAUGUGUAACGUUGACCACCAGUACGCCUUAUUUAGAGGCCUGUGCCGGUGGAAGAGGAUGGGGUUCUGGGUUGGGCUUGCGCGAACGCUUUGCUAUUGAAUUUCCCGUUGUUGUUGGGGCUGUCUCUCCGGAAGCAUCAGUUGAUGGCGCCCCGUCCUUCUGAGACGUGCAUGCACGGACAACAGCCGAACUUGCAGUCUCCAAAGGAUCAGAGUCCUCGCCUUCCGUGGGGGUGAGAUAAGCAACAGAUCGUGAUGAGUUGGUGUGCAUGGAAGGAUGAUGGGCCUAGACUUGAAAAGGGCCGAUGUCCUCGUUGAUUCAGCAGCCACGUUUCUCAAGUCAGGUGAUGACGCAAUUUUGUCUGAUU